CGUUCCUUCCUGCGACUGAGACGGGAACCCUUCAACGUUUCGCAGUUUCUCUGUUCUUUCCGAGUCAUUUUCAAAAAUCAGAGACGUCAACCACGAGGGGCCGGAAAAAAAUUGUUACUAUGGUUGCUGACCGGCCUGACGCGGUCGCGGUGGCCGAGGCCACCGAGCGGUUCCCACCAUUGGACCGCGUCACACUUCAUGUUCGAUCCUGUUACAACUGCCACCGGCGCAAGGUCCGCUGCGACAAGGGGCAGCCUUGUGCUCGCUGUGCCCGUGGCAGCAAGAUAUGCACCUAUCCGCCAGUUGGGCAGCGGAUCCAGCGCCCCAGGAAGACGACCAUGGCCUGGGUAGCGAACCGUCUCUACACUUUGGAAAAGCGCCUCCCGGUAGUACCAUCUUCCCCUUCUGCUUCCAGGACGCCUGCCGCUGGGGCCGCUUCGCCAGACUCGAACCCUCCUCACUCCCCCGCUCGGCGUCCGACGACAGCAGCGACACCUGGGGAGGCUGAGCACUACUUUGGAAACGAGAUUCUGGUCCAAAAAGGCUCCCAUAGCGAAUACUUCAAUGAGCCGCUCCACUCUAGGAUGAUUGAGCAGCAAAAGGAUAUCCAAUCCGUCUUGACCGAGCCACCAGCCAGUGAGCAUGAACUGCUCUCCCGUUUCUCCAUUUACAAUCCGAUGGGAAUACUCCCUGCCGCGUCGUCCUCGCAGCCAUGCUCCAGCUUCUUCCCGCGCAAACAGACGGCGCUGAAGCUCUGGAAUACGUACGUCGAGAGGAUCGACGCAUGCUCCGGCAUAAAGGUCUUGCACGUCCCCACCGAGGAGGCCAGGAUAUGUGGCACCAUCGAGAAUCCGGCCAGCGCUCAGCCGGAGGAGCUGGCCACGUGCUAUGCCGUCUUCUUUGCCACCAUGGCCGUCCUCGAUCGCACCGAAGCCCAGGCGCUGUUGCAGCAGGAUGACCCUUUCACAGUCCAAUUCCGAUGCAAGGCCGGAUUUGAACAGGCCUUGGCCGAGGCAGAGGUGCUGGACAAGCCCACGUUUCCGAUGCUCUGCGCGUUGACGCUCUACCUGUCGGCGCUCCAGCUCCACAGCCGCGGCAAAGGCAUCUGGAUCCUCAACGGCCUGGCCCUCCGCAUCGCCCAGGCACUGGGCCUCCACCGCGACGGCGAGCGCCUCGGCCUGUCCCCGUUCCAGGCCGAACUCCGCCGCCGCGUCUGGUGGCACAUCAUCAGCCGCGACGGCCGCGCAGCCGAGGACUUCGGCCUCCAGGGGUUCUGCUCCCGGCGUUCCGACGCCCGCUUGCCGCUCCCCGUUGACGACACAGACCUCCGCCCAGACAUGCUCGCCCUCCCGCCCGCGCGGUCCGGCGUCUUCACCGCCAUGACGCUCCCGCUCGCCAGCUUCGAAAUCACCCGUGCCGUGCGUCGGCUUGGGCACAUCGCUGCCGCCGCAACACCCGCCUCUCCGCCGGACGAGUCUGACCGCGUACAGAUUAUCCAGGAGACGAGACAGCGCGUCGACGAGCUCCUCGCCGGCUGCAACCCCGUCAUCCCUCGCCACCGCCUGGCGCUGUUGACCUCGCGCCUGGCGAUGCGCAACGCCGAUCUCGUGUCCCGACAGCAGUGGCUGGCGCUCCGGUAUCGCAAGCAUAAUGACGAUGGUAGCGAGUCGGGCGGCGACACGAUGUUGUUGCCGACGGACGAGGACCUGGUCGAGUCGCUCGACGUGCUGGACCUGGCGUUGCAGAUGUGGAGCGACGAGAUGCUGAGGCCAUACUCGUGGCUGUGGCGGACGAACCCGGAGUAUCAUCUCGUCAUGUACCUACUCUGGCAUCUCUGCGUACAGCCCCAGGGGCCCAAUGUCGAACGGGCAUGGGUGACGCUGGAUAGGUGGUUCACUGUGAAUAGAGAGAUGGGAGGUGGUCUCGGGCAAAAAGGGGUUAUACUGGCUGCGUUGCGGCGGAAGGCUGAGGCGGUGCGGGAUGCGCGAGCCAACACUAAGACAGCUGGACGCGAGGGAGGGGGUGGUGGUGGUGGUCAUGGAGCUGGCGGUACCAGGCAGCAUAACGCUAACCCUUGUGUAAUGCAAGUUCAAGCGCAACUUGCUGAUGAAGCGAGUGACGCGUCGUGGGGAAGUUUACGUGAGGACAACGAAUGGGCUGGCGACCUCAAUCAGGUACCAGACUGGAGCGCCUUUGUCCCGGCGUUCCAGCUGGAUGGCCAGGACUUCCCAGGCAUGUCAUGGUUUAAUUGAGGCCGAUGCUGUCCGAGAAUAUCUUCUGCGAUUCUGACCAUGUUGACGCCUUGAGUGGAACGUUAAGAGGAUAUCAAUAAUGUAAUUGUUGCAAGAUAGCCCUCUAAUGCUGCUUCACUUUCGGUCUCUGUUUUUUAUCCACCGGACGUUCGAUACUACCACCGCUUGCGAACCCC